CUCAUAAAGUAAUACAAAACAUGUUUAAUGUUUCAACUUUCAACAAAAUCUAUUUAGACUCCACAUGAUGACAUGUUAGAGAAUUCAUAUUCAUAAUGAAAGAAUAAAGUGUAGUCAUCUUCUCUUCAAGAAUCUUUCUUUUUCUUUUCAUUGUGAAGUAAUUACUAUGGCUUCUUCCCUUUAAGACCUUUCAAAGCAAAAGUGAAGAAAAAUGGUUGAAACAUGCUUUGUACAUUCAUUCAUUUAUUUAGCAGCUAGUGACAAUAAUGAAGUGUAGGCUUGUGAACUAGUCCUUUUGAUGUUGUGAGUGAAUUUUGGUCCUUUCAUUUGUGUUUUCAUUUUCAAUCCUUGUCAUCAACUUGUCUUGAUGUGUGCAUAGAAAAAGCUGACACAUGAGAAAAAUGGUCUAUAUGAGGAAACUUUGUUGAUGAUGAGUUUCUGAAUAUUUUGUGGCUACAAGUUCUGAAGGACUAAUGGAGAAACAAGCAUCAAUGUUUGACAAGACUAUGAUCUAAAGCUUUUGACAUUUUAGUAAACUCUUUUCAUAUAUUGUCUGUUUCAUGCUUUAACAUACCAAUGGAAAAUAAGCUCCAUCCAAAAGUGAUUCUGGUUUUACUUACAAUUUUCCUUUCAACUUCUCACUCAACUGAACUUCAAUCCUCUCACACUCACACUCUUUUGCGAAUCAAACGCCUAUUAAACUUUCCUUCGGUUUUAAGCAGUUGGAAUUCCAACACUGAUUUUUGCAACACAGAUUCAAAAGCUUCUCAAACUGUUGUAUGCUAUGGAGAAGCCAUAACUCAGCUACACAUAGUUGGUGAAACAACAAAACCUCAACAAAUUCUUCCAAAAAACUUCUCAAUAGAUUCAUUUUUCACAACACUUUUGAGAAUUCCAAGUCUAAAAGUCCUCACACUAGUUUCCUUAGGCUUGUGGGGUCCACUUCCUGGAAAAAUUGGUAGUUUAUCAUCUUUGGAAAUAGUUAACAUGAGUUCAAAUUUUCUUUAUGGUAAAAUCCCUCAAGAGCUUCCAUUGUUAUCAAAUCUUCAAGCACUCAUUCUUGAUAACAAUAUGUUUGAAGGACAUUUACCUGAUUGGUUGGAUUCUUUUCCGUCGUUAACCGUUUUGAAUUUGAAACAAAAUCUAUUCAACGGUUCACUUCCUGAUUCGUUGAGUAGCUUAACGAAUAUGAGAGUUCUUUCGCUUUCUCGUAACCGUUUUACCGGAUCGGUACCGGAUUUAAGCCGUUUGAUUAAUCUUCAAGUGUUGGAAUUGGAUGAUAAUGGUUUUGGACCAAACUUUCCUAGAAUUGGUAACAAGUUGGUUACUUGUGUUCUAAGAAACAACAAGUUUAGGUCUAGUUUACCUGAUAAUAUGAGUUCUUAUUAUCAACUUGAGAGAUUCGACAUCUCGGAAAACGCGUUUGUUGGACCAUUUCAGUUAGAAUUGUUUUCACUUCCAACAAUCACUUAUCUCAACAUUUCAAGUAACAAAUUAUCAGGAAUGCUUUUCGAGAAUCUUUCUUGCAAUUCUGUACUAGAAGCUGUUGAUUUGUCUUCAAAUCUUUUGACUGGAAAAUUGCCAAAGUGCUUAGUGUCACAUUCCAAUGAUAGGACUGUUUUGUAUGGCGGAAAUUGUCUAGAGGAGACAAAACAAAAUCAACAUGAACAAGCUUUUUGUCACACUGAAGCAAUAGCUGUUGGAAUAGUAGCUGAGAGAAAGAAGCGUAAAGGAGUAUCUAAAACAGUUCUUUCUUUGGCGAUAGUAGGUGGAAUUUUUGGAGGACUUGCACUUUUUGCAUUGAUUUUUACUAUUAUGAUUAGAAGAGGAAAUGGUAAAAGCAUGAUGAUGAAUUCUCAGACAAAAUUAAUAUCAGAAAAUGCAGCUUCCGGAUACACUUCUAAGUUAAUCUCCGAUGCAAGGUAUGUACCUAAAACAAUGAAGUUUGGAACUGUUGGACUUCCACCUUAUAGAGCUUUUUCACUGGAAGAGAUUAUGGAAGCUACUAAUAACUUUGAUACCACUUCUUUUAUGGGUGAAGGUUCUCAAGGACAGAUGAAUAGAGGACAACUAAAGGAGGGUUCACUAGUUGCCAUUAGAAGUGUAAAAUUGACCAAAAGCUGCAGGACUAGAGAUUUCAUGCAGCACAUAGAAAUGAUAUCAAAAUUCAGGCAUCAACAUUUAGUCAGUGUUCUUGGACAUUGCUUUGAACAUUAUUUAGAUGAUUCAAAUGUCAGAAGAAUCUUUAUUGUCUUUGAGUAUGUACCAAAUGGCUCACUCAAGACAUGGAUCUCAGAUAGGCAUUAUAGAAAGUCUCUUACUUGGAAUCAACGCAUAGAAGCAGCGAUUGGAGUGGCAAAGGGAAUCCAAUUUUUGCAUACAGAGAUUGUUCCUGGUGUAUAUUCAAACAAUAUCAAAAUCACAGAUGUUUUAUUGGACCAAAACUUUGUUGCGAAAAUCAGUGGUUAUAACAUGCCUUUGUUAUCCAACAUGGGAAAGGUUGGUCAAGGAAAUCCUUCAAGUAUAUUCAAAAGUCCUAGCUUAAAACAAAAUGUAAAAAGUGAAGACAAGUCUGAUAUAUAUGACUUUGGUGUGAUCCUAAUGGAACUCAUUCUAGGAAGGACGAUAAAGUUGAGAAAUGUGGACACUUUGAAGGAUCUGUUGCAAUCAAGCAUAACAGAAGAUGAUGAAGCUAGGAGGAGCAUUAUCGAUCCAUCGAUACGUAAUGCGUGUUUGGAUCAAUCAUUGAAGACAAUGAUGGAAAUUUGUGUGAGAUGUUUAGUUAAAGAGGUAGAAGAAAGGCCUUCUAUAGAAGAUGUUUUAUGGAAUUUGCAGUUUGCUUCUCAAGUCCAAGAUGCAUGGAGAGGAGACUCUCUAAGUAGUGACGGCUCUCCCAUCUCGCCUUUACCGUGUCGACGAGCAAACUUCCAUUAGUAUCGGUCUCGCAGUUGGAGUUGCAGUAGCACUCUUUCAAGUCCAAAUGAUAGUGAGACAAGUGUAUGUUUGGGUUGACGGUUAACUUGGCAAAAUCAUGGUGAUAAUAUGAUUUUGUUGAUACUUCAAACUAUAUAGUUUUUACCAAAAUCAUGGUAAAAAACUACAAUUUUUCCAAAUUUACCGUCAAUCUAAACAUACACUAAACCGAGUUUGAAAAGAUUAGAAAAAGUUAUGCUAGUUUUCUAAACAUGCACAUAGAGGUUUUCAAUUUAAUUGUGUUGAUAUAUGUUUUACUAUAUGCUUAAGAGAUUAAUGUUAAGAGAAUGUAAGUUUUGUAGUUCACAAUAUCAAAAUAGUAAGCUCAUGUAGUUACGCGCAUGUUCACAAAAAAA